GGGACGCAAUGGAAGUCACACAAAUCUCUAUUUACUGGCCAGUUCUGCGGGGGAAAUGGCAGAUUUUCAAUCGAGUCACAUGCUUUAUUGUCACUUGAGAGCCAGUUUUAGGAGGAAUAAAGACCCCUGGUUUAAGAGACCAUGGAAUCGCUCCGAGGCCUGAGAGUCAACCGGGAUAUUCAUGCCGAGAAUGCGACCCAUGAUCUGGCGGACGGGGAGCGCCGAGCGGGCUGGGUGAGGGUGAGGGUGGAAGAGAGCUGGUUCACCGUGGAGCGGGCCUUGCUGGCGGGGUGCAGCGACUACUUCUGUGCGCUCUUUCAGUCUGGGAUGAAAGAAAGUCACCAGGAGGAACUCCACCUGAAGGGAGGAGUGCAUGCCAGGGGUUUUCUCAUUGCCCUUUCCGUCUGCAGAGGAGAGAUUCCCACCAUCAGUGGCCCGGACGAGCUCACGGAAGCCGUGGAGUGCGCCGCUUUCCUGCAGGUCGCAUGCUUGGUGCAGCAUCUUUGUGACAUUAUCGAUUCAGACAACUGCCUCUUGCUUUACCAUGCAGCCUCCAUCUUUGGGGUGCACACCUUGUUUCACGGUGCGGCUCUCUUCCUUUGUGAUGCUUUUGAUGACUUGCAGGAAGCUGCAGAGAGGACGAUUCCUGAAGACCUUCUUCAAUAUUCUCGGUCAUUGUCUCCCACUAAUUAUAUUGCCAUAGGCACCCACUCUCCUUCCAUGGAAGUGCUGCACGACUCCUUUAGAGUUGUCAGCUAUCUUGACGAAAAAGCGGGGGAGUGGAAGCAUUUAACUAACCUCCCAACUGUCUGUAGCACCUCCAUGGCUGGUGUGGCAGUGCUUGACAAUCGCUUGUACAUUGUAGGGGGAGUGUACGGUUACGGUAAGGACACAGUAGACAGCGGCUUUUGCUACAACCCCGACUCAGGCGUCUGGACUGCACUUCCUGGCCCCCAGCAACCAAGAUACGACUUCACCCUGCUGGGGCACGAGGGCCGACUCUAUGCCAUCGGCGGCGAGUUCCAAAAACGGAUCAUUUCUACAGCAGAGAGUUAUGACGCUGCGAAGAGAGAGUGGACAUUUAUACACAAUGCACCAAGACCUGUUGCAUCUGCUGCAUGUGCUGUAGCGAGACGGCGGAUGUUUGUCUGCUUCUGGAAACCACCUGACACCACAGAUAUCUAUGAAUAUGUGCCGGUGAAAGAUGCAUGGAAACUUGCCACCACAAUGAUCAGACAUCAGAGCUAUGGCCACUGUAUGGUAGCUCACAAGGACAAUUUGUAUGUGAUGCGAAACGGGCCUAGCGACGACUUCCUUCGCUGCCUAAUGGACUGCUACAAUAUCACGACAGGCCAGUGGACAGCCUUGACUGGACACUACAUAAACAGCAAGGGGGCGCUGUUCACUGCAAUGAUAAGGGGGAACUCUGCGUUCACAGUCAAACACAUGCUAACCCUUGAAUACACCAUCACUGGAGGGGGAUGGAAGCCCCGCAGGCAGAUGAAGGGGUUUCCAAAGAGUGGUUCGCUGUGGACGUGUUUGCUCAGGCUUCCCAAGACGGGACCAGUUACACCACAGCGGGAUUCAGAAGGAGAGGAAGACCAAAUGCCUUUGCCAGACACAUCUGAGGGACUUGUGGAAGCCGUACCGCGACUGUGAAAUUUUCGGCACCGCUGAAAAACAACGCAGUGUUUUUGAGGUUACCGAAUAUAUACAAUUAUAUAAUAUAUAAGUGAUUCUGGAGACUGCAAAGUGACACAAAUGUUCUUCAUUUAAGUGCAUUGACUCUCCCAUGUACUCACACUUGUGCACACGCACACACACACAUGCACACACAUGCACACACACACGCACAUGCACAUGUGCUGACACUAAGCUUUUGUUCUGAUUAGCAACAGCUGCUACUGUAGUUUAUAUUGGGGGAGGCCACUGUGCAUGUGUGUGUGUGUGCGCAAAGUUCAAAGGCACUGACGGGAUGUUCUCAACCUCUGAUUCGCCACGUUUGUUUUUCCUGAAGUCACACUGGGCCACUACUCAGGAGCCAUCGGCCAACCAAGUCAACAUAAAACACAGCUCUCUCGCACAUUCCCUCGAACGUCCACUUGCGCAGGUUUGAUGCCCCAUGAGUAAUUAAUUACAUGUUUCUGUGGGAGAAUACAUUUCGCCGAGCCUCAGGCAUGUAACUGAGUGUACGUGGGAAAUGGCUUCGUCUCGUAUGGCCACAGACAGCAUUCUUUUUAGCACAAUAAAAAAAGCCAGUGGAAUUCUCUGGCAACAUGUGA